AUCCUCCGGCUGAACCCUCCACGAGGGUGCUGACUGGUAAUGGGCACUACAGAGGAUUCUGUGCGAUGUCAGAAUGGUGCUCAGCUAAGAUCAGGAAUCAGUGCUAUGUGCUAAACUCCUUAAUAGCGUAGUCAUAUGGAAAUGGUUUCUGAUCGUGGCUUGGAGGUCUGAAGGGGCGGAUCUCUGCCCGGGUGGACGAACCCCUUUCUCCGCAGCCCGUGGGAUCUAUUAUGGAAAAGAAACAAUUAACAACAACAACAACAAAAACAGCAACAACAACAUCAAAAACAAUGUUUAAAGGGACCGGCCCCCUUAAAGCGUCGGAAGGGUCUCGGCCCACUAAACAAGGAGCUCAAGCGAUGCAGAGUACCUCCACCAGCCGUAGUGCGGUGACAAAUAGCGGGAAACCAAGGCCAAUGGUGAAACCGGGCCAAGCUCUCGCAAAAACGAUGGAAAGUGGCGGUGGGGCUGCUCAAAGGAGUCCACCCCGGGAAACUCCUGGCACCAGUGGACGCCAACCUGGCAUGCAGAUUGCAGCCGGGGAUAAGGCUGAAUCUGGGGCGCAGGCCCCGGGCGGUCCUCCCGCGACACCCACGGCCUUCACGAGGCCUGACCAGAGGCCAGAACCAGCUGCAGCGGGCUAUCGGCAGAGGAAGCUAGCUGCUCGAAUCCUGCAAAGGUUCACCGCAACGCCUGACCUGUGUAGCAAGGCGAAAGAAGAGCAUGUGAAGGAGAUCCUCACAGAAAUCGACUGGGCAAAGGCAGUCCUGCCCGACUACCGCAAGCCGGAGGACAAGCAGCCGCAGGCGCCCUCCAAGGGUCAGAACGCAGGGGCCUUCUUUUGCUGA